AUGGAUAACAGCACCUCAACAUAUCCUGACAGAAACUCCAGCGACGGUCAGACUCUGGCCACAAUGCCGGAGAACUCGCUGGAGGUUCAGGCGGUCACCAUCUCUCUGUCGCUGCUGAUCUGCGGCGUGGGAAUCGCCGGGAACGUCAUGGUGGUUCUGGUGGUGAUCCGUAGCAAACACAUGAUGACCGCGACCAACUGCUACCUGGUGAGUUUAGCCAUGGCUGAUCUGACCGUGCUUUUGGCCGCCGGUUUACCGAACAUCUCUGAGGUUGUGGCUUCGUGGAUCUAUGGCUACGCCGGCUGCGUUUGCAUCACUUACCUGCAGUACCUGGGCAUCAACGUCUCGUCCUGCUCCAUCACGGCCUUCACCACCGAGCGCUACAUCGCCAUCUGCCACUCCAUCAAAGCCCAGUUCAUCUGCACCGUAUCGAGAGCCAAGAAGAUCAUCGCCUGCGUCUGGAUCUUCACAUCUCUCUACUGCAUCAUGUGGUUCUUCCUGGUGGACACCAAUGAGACGAUUUAUUCUAACGGCGUCGUGGUCCGCUGCGGCUAUCGGGUGUCCAGGAACCUCUACAUGCCCAUCUACUUCCUGGACUUCACGCUGUUUUAUGUGGUUCCUCUCGUCGUGGCUUCGGUUCUGUACGGUCUGAUCGCCAGGAUCUUGUUUCGAGACCCGCUGCCGUCGAAUCUGUCCGAGCAGAGGCUCUCCGUGCAUCAGGGCCGACGGCACAGUUCUGUGAAAGUGUCCUGCAGAGCAAACAGCGCAGCGUCUUCCAGAAAACAGGUCACAAAGAUGCUGGCGGUGGUGGUGGUUCUGUUCGCUCUCCUCUGGAUGCCGUAUCGGACUCUAGUGGUUGUGAAUUCGUUCAUGGAUCCGCCGUAUCUCAACACCUGGUUCCUGCUCUUCUGUCGCAUGUGCAUUUACACCAACAGCGCAGUCAACCCCAUCAUCUACAACGCCAUGUCGCAGAAGUUUCGCGCUGCUUUUAAGAGGCUCUGCGUCUGUAAACGCAGGUCAGAUCAGAGCCGAGCAAGCAAAAGCACUGUAAGUGUUUAUUACAGCGUCAUAAAAGACUCCUCCAGUGAAAGCAGUAUGAAGAAACACGGCAGUGUGAAAACAGACAUGCUUAGCCCUGCUUGA